AGCGCAACAAGCUGCCCCUGACGACCUUCCAUCUUCCGUAUCAUGGCGACCACCAAGAAAACCGUCCUCGUCACGGGAAGCACACGCAGUAUUGGUCUCUCACUUGCUAAAUACUACACCAAGGCCAAUUGGAACGUCAUCGGUACCGCCCGACCCAGCAGUAACACCGACCAGGUAUGAAACUAACACGCCCCAUUCGCGUUUAACAUGUUAGAAACUAAUUAUUUUUACAUGCACAGCUCAACGCUCUAUCUCCUUUCAAAGUAGUGACACUUGACACCAUCGACGAAGCGUCCAUCCUUGAGGCGGCUCGCCAAGUGGACGGUGUACCCAUUGACCUUCUCAUCAACAACGCAGGCAUUUGGAUCCCGGACACGUUCGAGUCGGCCACCAAGGAGGCAUUCAUGCGUCAAUUCGAAGUGAACGCUGUCGGUCCAUUCCUCACGACACGAGCGCUACUACCGAACUUGGAGCUGGCGGCCAAAAAGCACGGCUUUGCCUAUGUCGCGCAGGUGACGUCUCUUCUUGGAAGCAUCAGCAGCAACACGGCCGAGAUGGACAACUUUUUCAGCAAAGCAUUCGGAUACGCCCCAUCCAAGGCUGCUCUCAACAUGGCCACUCGCUCCAUGUCUGUCAGUCUACGCCACAAAGACAUCGGAUUUGUGACGCUGAACCCCGGAUAUGUGGCCACCGACAUGAACGAGCACCAGGGCUACCUGACACCUGAGGAGUCGGCCGAGUCCAUGGCCAAGAUCGUGGAGAAGUUGACACUGGACGACACGGGCAAGUUCUACAAUGCCGACAAACAAUAUCCAGCCGUUGAGCUGCCUUGGUAA